AUGGGUUGGUUCUGGAGCUCUAGUCCUCAGAAGGACAAUUCCAACGAUACAAAGGCCCCAGUGGCACCACAAUCCACAAUCCAAAAUGCACCACUCAAAAAGUUGACACCAGACGAACAAGCCGAUAUGGAAUUCAAUCAGCUUCUGGCCGACCUCCGAAAAGCAGACGGUGAAUUGAACAAUGAUUAUUCAUCUUCAUUAUCGCCAAACGGUACUCCAUCCUCCAACAAACCCAUCUCCCCCAUCGCACCCGAAUCCCUCUACCCAGACACCAUGUCCUGUCGCUCCGCCUUCGACUACGCCUUCUUCUGCCAGUCCUUUGGUGGACAAUUCGUGAAUGUCUAUCGAUAUGGAGAACUGCGAUCCUGCAGUGAACACUGGGAUAACUUCUGGCUGUGUAUGAAGACCCGAGGCUGGUCAGAUGAGUUGCGCAAAAAGACCAUUCGAGAGCACAAUCGGAAAAAGGCAAUCAAAUACAAGACAGGUCCCAGCAGUGAGGAUGUUUGGGACGUGAGACUUGACCCGGCAAAUGAGGCCUUUCAGGGUGAUUUCGCCGCUUUGGAGCGGGAGAUGAAAGCUGAAGAGGAGGCUCAACAGAAAGGAGCUGUAUGA